GGCUCGAGGCCGCGCCGCCUCAGCGAGGGGAAAGCGGUCGAGGAGCGCACGUGCGCUCGUCGCGCAUGACAUCCAACGCCGCCCCUCCUCUCCCUCGCCGCUCCUCCCGCGCCCGUUCGCCGCCUGCUCUCCACGCUGCAACGGUACGGCGUGCCUGGCAGCCCGAUUGCAGCGCCGCCAGCUGCGUCUUUGCGUCAUGAGUUGCCUCGCCGGCUCCGGAUGGGAGGCGGUCGCGUGGGAGCAGUCGGCGCGCUCACCUCUGCCGCACCCUCCGCUCGCUCCACCUCGCACGGAACAGCGCAUGUAUGCUGCCGAUCGUCGGCCCAGCACAGCGGCCCGCAGAAGAGCAAGCGUGUGCCCUAUCGCUGAGACAUGAGGGUGCUGCUGCCGCCCGCUGCCCUUGCGCGACGCCGAAAAGCCCAUCGCAAGACCCCGCGCGCGUGGGGCCAUGACGCACCGAGCACUUGCGCGCACGUUCGCCUGCCGCCUAGCAGCUGCUUCUACGCCCACGGCAUCGACGGCCCGGCCAAGGUCUCGCCGCAAGAAGAGGAGCAGGAGAGAGGCAGGGCGGGCGUCGUUGCGCUGUACCUCGCGGUGAGCAGCGGCCGGGAUUGGCUCUGCGUGUGCUCGGAGCGCGGGAGAGGGGCGUGGGAGGAGGAGCUGCUGCGCCGCGCUGGCGGCUGCAGGCACGGCGCGGCGCGGCAGGCGCAACACCGCGGCACCUCGCGAGCCGCCGGCCUGCGGGCGCUCUCGCACGUCACGCCUCUCACCCGGCCGCCCCUCCCGCCGAGCUCACCCCAUCCCAGCGACGGACCCGCUCGCCCUCGGCCCUCUCACCCUGCCGGCAGUCUCCUAUGCGCACGUGCUGCAAAUGCGAGGUGCGGCCCUCGCUCGGCCCUCGCUCCCUCUCCUCUCGUGCUCGCUGAUGUCGCGCCGGCGGAGAUGAGCUCAAAAACUUCUCGGAUGCCGGCGGCAGCGCGACCCUCGCCGCGCCGCGGUGGCGGGCCGACGGCACUGCGCCUGUGAGUGCCAGCCGCCGGCGCUAAGCUCGCACAGCAUCCAGGCGCGCCGCCGCUUGCUGCAUGCCGCCGCCGCUUUCGCCGCUCGGCUCGCGCCGCAUCAGCUCGGCCAUCAAGAAGGCGGCACUCCGCUCUCGCUCUCACUGGUCCAUCCCGCAUCUCCACCACCUCGCGCUCUCCGCUGCACGCUUCGCAGCACCACCCUCCGACAGCCUCCGCCUCCGUCGCGAUGGCUGACUCCAGUGCGUAGCUCGCGCGGCACC